AUGGCCGACCACAAUGAUGCCGACUCUUAUGUGUUUUACCGCUACAAGCCCUCCCUCGCCGCGGCUACAAUAUUCGUCGUCCUCUUCAGUCUGACGACGGGCUUGCACGCAUUCCAAUCCUUCAAGAAACGGUCGUGGUUCAUGACGCCCUUUAUCAUAGGAGGACUCUUUGAAACCAUUGGCUACAUAGGCCGCAUCCUAUCUUCCAAAGACCAAUACGCGCAGUCGCCAUACAUCAUGCAGACACUCCUUCUGCUCCUUGGUCCUGCACUAUACGCAGCAAGCAUAUACAUGAUUCUCGGCCGCCUGAUCUUAUUGACGAGGGGCGAGCGGUACUCUCUUGUACGCCGCACGUGGCUGACAAAGAUCUUCGUUGGCGGCGACAUCAUUUCGUUCUUCAUGCAGGGUGCCGGCGGCGGCGUCAUGGCGUCAGGGGCGUCAGGCAUGAAGUCUGGUGAGAAGAUCAUCAUUGGCGGAUUAUGCGUUCAAAUCCUCUUCUUUGGGCUGUUCUUUAUCACGGCGAUUCUGUUUCAAUUGCGAGGUAAGGAGCACCUUGCGACCCUGGAUAGUAGUAUUCCCUGGAAGAAGCACCUUUUCCCCCUUUACGUGACUUCUGUCCUGAUCUUGAUCCGAUCGCUGUUCAGAGUCAUUGAGUAUAUCCAGGGCAACGACGGAUACUUACUUCGACAUGAGGUUUACUUGUACGUCUUUGACGCAGUGCUCAUGUUUGCUGUUAUGGUCAUCCUUAACGUCAGUUAUCCAGGAGAUAUUGCUCUGCUGCUCAAGGAACAACAGAAGGAACGACCGCAAGAAUUCGAGCUGAUGAACGACGAUACAGCCGAACGUGGUAUUGUUGAAAAACGCAGCCGAUAG